AUGGCUGAUGUCGUAUCUACAUCACGCAUAAAUCUCACUCUGCCGAUAUUUCCAAAUCCCUCAAUGUCUGACUGGUAUGUAUCAUUUGAAGAGAUCCUUGAUGAGUACAAGGAGGAAUUCCUAGAGGCAAACAAUCCACAAUCGACGCGUCGCCAUCAGGUUCUCUGUAACGCACGAGACGCGAUUGUCGAGGUUCACAAGUCACAGAAUGAUCCUGUGGAUCUGCCAAAGGCCCUGAAAAUGGCCAUUAGACAUUAUUAUUUCCAGUUCAUCACUGACGAGAAUGAUCGAAGGGCGGAGGAGGAUAUAUUACGAAAUGAUCAGGGGGGAGACCAGUCUGGUGUGUCCCCAGAAGAGAGAGAGGCUAAUGCUCGUCCCAAGGAUGCUUCGUUCUACAAGAAGCAGCUUACUGAUUGGGACGUCGCCCAGAAGCUCUUCAGGCAGGAGAUCGACGACUAUGACAAAGAAGAGCAACGGAAGAUGGGAAUCACUCAUUCUAUCAGGCACCGUACGGGUCACGCCAGGCAGUGGUUUAAUAAUAUGACCUCUGCUCAAAAGAAGGACGUUCAGCGGGCCAAAGAUAAAUGGAAUGAGGAAGGUGCCCCUGCGGAAUCUCAGGCAAUGUACCGAAAGAGGAACCUCAAAAAAAUCCUCGACAACUUUUCACAGGAAAUUGCUCGUACUAUGGGAUGUCGAAUCAUCAUGCUCGUCAGCCACAAGAAAUCAGGGGAGAUGUCCUUGGGUGUCUCCAUCCAUGAGUCUGAACCUGUCACGUCCAAGAAGGCCUUUACAGUGAGUUCACGAGGCAACAAGGAAUGGGUGACCGACGGCUUCAAAAAGUUUUCGGAGUGGUCAAAGCAAGAAUUUUACCCUGCUGACGACGAUGAGGACGACGACGCCGCCAAGGAGGAGGAGGAGGAGAAGCCAUCCUUGCCUGAAGUCGUCUUGGACAAUGAUGGCUUUGCAAAACUACCUUCGCGCACAGAUGUUCCCCUCAAGGGGCAACAAGAAUUAAUUCGUCAAAUUUUUCAUGCAUCAUAUAAAGUCUUCACCGGCAGCAACAAGCCAGUACCUUGGGGUGUGGUCAUUGCUGAUCCUGUGACCUACGUAGAUCUGGAUUGUGUCCCCAAGGACUUUGUCUUCAAGGAUCCAUCUCACAUGAGGGCAGCGGAGGUGAACAAGCUUUGGCGACAUUGGGAUCUCAGAAGGUCACAAGAGGAGAAGUUAGUUGUUUUUUAUGGCGGCAGGGUUGCUGACUUGAGCAAGGCCUGGCUGGCGAAUGCUAUUCCGAUGAAGAAGGCAAAGAAAAAAAUGUACGUGGAAAUUGACGGAAAAAAUGCACAGCAGUCCUUGCCCACCCAAUCUGCUGCUGGUACAGAGCAACCGGCCAGCUCACAGUCUACAAAGCAUCCUGAACAGCCGGCCGACCAUACCUCCCUCACCAUGUUGGCCGGCUCACGGCCUACGAAGCAUAUGAAGAUGCCAGCCGGAGAAUCAGACAGCUCAGACGAUGACCUGUCUUUAUCAGCUCCUGAAGCUCAUUUGCAAGCGCUCACUAGCCGUCCAUCCUCGGCUCAACGUGGGGCACCUGCAGCCGUGCCAAUGAAGGACCGUAUGUCGUUUUUACGGGCUCUCAGCAGCAAUAGCGAAUAUCUGCAUUUUGUCGAGCCCAUGAAGGACUUGAAAAAGGAACGAACCUCUCAGCAUCCAGAGGGAUGGCCUACCUGGGCAACAUGGUCUUGGGAAAGAUUAUAUCUUCCCAAGACCAUGCACGACUCAGACGAUCAAUUGCUCAAGUUCUUGCAGAUCAUCAAAUCUACCAGGAUCUCUGCCUCGGCUUCAGCCAUGCGAGUGGCCCUUGGUCUUGGUAUGCUGUUGAGAGAAUGCAAACGUGUCAUUGAGUAUGAAGCCGAUGAGGCCGCCCCUGAUAUCCCUUCUUACAUUAGUACUUCUGUCUUGGAUAUCAAAUGCCUCGACCUCAUCUUGGACGCCCUCAAUGCAGCUAAGGGAGGGGUAGUGCGCAUGUCCAAGGCGAGGGUGGAUACGGACCUCAAGGGAGCUGUUGUUCGUCAUGGAGCUGUACCUGAAGAGCUUGGUCAGAACGCAUUGGGUGGAGGACAGGAGGGGGAGGUAGGAAUGGCUGAACAGGACAAUGAGGAGACAAGACGGCAGCUGGAAGAGGAGCUGAAGAAGAUGGCGGUGCUGAAGGAGCAGAUGCGAAAGCUCAAGGAGUCGAAGAAGAUGCUGGAGGAUUCAAACAAGAUGCUGGAGAAAGAGAGUGCGGAUCUGCAGAAGAUGUACCACGUUGCCGAGGGUCAAAAGGACAGGGAAGAUGAAGAACAGCAUGUUGUAGAGCACGGGGAUGUCGAGAAGCAGGACACAGAUGAGGAACGGGUACAGGAAGAGCAUGUGGUCGAAGAGAAGAAAGGGAAGAAAAGACGCAAGUCAGGGGUAUCAGGACCUCCUGCCAAGAAGUCCAAAACUGACCUUGUUCGGCGAUCCUUCAGAGCUAGACAACCCUCCAAGAAGGCCUUAUGCAACUGA